GGCCAAUUCCCGUCCCCCCAGCAGCAUGGCUUCCUGUGCUGAGCCCUCUGCCUCGGGGCCUGAGCCCACUGCCCCACCGCCUGCUGGGGUCCCACCACUCGAGGACUUCGAGGUGCUGGAUGGGGUGGAAGACGCAGAGGGCGAGGAGGAGGAGGAGGAGGAGGAGGAGGAGGAGGAGGAAGACCUGAGUGAGCUGCCACCACUUGAAGACGUGGGGCGGCCUCCACUGGAGGAGGCCGAGCAGCCUGGGGCCCUGGCCCGAGAGUUCCUGGCCACCAUGGAGCCUGAGCCCGAGCCCGCCCCAGCCCCGGAUGAGUGGCUGGACAUCCUGGGGAACGGGCUGUUACGGAAGAAGACGCUGGUCCCAGGCCCAACUGGCUCGAGCCGCCCAGCUAAAGGCCAGGUAGUCACUGUACAGCUGCAGACCUCGCUGGAGAACGGCACUCGGGUGCAGGAAGAGCCAGAGCUGGUGUUCACCCUGGGCGACUGUGACGUCAUCCAGGCCCUGGAUCUCAGCGUUCCACUCAUGGAUGUGGGGGAGACAGCUAUGGUCACUGCUGAUUCCAAGUACUGCUAUGGCCCCCAGGGCAGCAGGAGCCCGUAUAUCCCCCCACACGCGGCCCUGUGCCUGGAGGUGACCCUGAAGACUGCCGUAGAUGGGCCUGACCUGGAGAUGCUCACAGGCCAGGAGCGUGUGGCUCUGGCCAACCGGAAGCGGGAGUGUGGCAAUGCCCACUACCAGCGGGCCGACUUCGUGUUGGCUGCCAAUUCCUACGACCUCGCCAUCAAGGCCAUCACCUCUAGCGCCAAAGUGGACAUGACAUUCGAGGAGGAGGAGCAGCUCCUGCAGCUGAAGGUGAAAUGUCUGAACAACCUGGCAGCAUCACAGCUGAAGCUGGACCACUACCGAGCCGCACUACGCUCCUGCAGCCUCGUGCUGGAGCACCAGCCCGACAACAUCAAGGCUCUCUUCCGCAAGGGCAAGGUGCUGGCCCAGCAAGGGGAGUACAGUGAGGCCAUCCCCAUUCUGAGGGCAGCCCUGAAGCUGGAACCUUCCAACAAGACGAUCCAUGCAGAGCUUUCAAAACUGGUGAAGAAGCACGCGGCCCAGAGGAGCACAGAGACCGCCCUGUACCGGAAAAUGCUGGGGAACCCCAGCCGGCUGCCUGCCAAGUGUCCUGGCAAGGGUGCCUGGUCCAUCCCCUGGAAGUGGCUGUUUGGGGCGACUGCUGUUGCCCUCGGGGGCGUGGCUCUCUCCGUGGUCAUCGCUGCCAGGAACUGACCACCCAGGUGGCCACCACCCCCUUGCACACCACGGACCCCACCCCGCGCUCCCUAACUUCCCCAGGCUCCCUGUCCACUGCCCUGUCUGAUCCAGCCCCCUCCUCUGGGGCAGGAACAGUGAGGUGUGGGGGCCACAUGGCCCCAGUGAGACAGGAGGGACUAUGGCCCUAUAGGAGGAAAGUGAGGCAGGGCCCGGGCUUCAAGUCCAGCCCAGAGGGAGGGGACCCUCAUUCCUCCAGACCCAAUUCCCAUCCCCACCCCCAUCCCCUUGGGUUAGGUCUCAACAGAGGCCAGCCUCAGUUUCUCUUUCCCAACAGGCCUGGGGGCAGCCCUUCCCCAACCCAGUCCCUGUCCAAGCGUCAAUCCCCACCCACACCGCCUGCUGCCCUCUGUCCAGGUUCUCCCUCCCACUCCUCCAGUGAAAUAAAGCCUCCUACCCCGCA